UAAUCAUCCAAACAAGGACUAACAAGUAAUUCCGAUAUUUACCUCGCUCAUGGUACACUCUUUCUUAUUUUCUCUCUCUCUCUCUCUAAUUAUCGAAACCUACUAAGAAACCCUCUCUAGGUUAGGGUUUUUCUGAAUUCUGUUACAAUGCCGAGGUACAGGAGCCGAAGUAGGAGCUACAGUCCCCGUCGUAGCAGCAGAACCCCACCACGUGGCCGGAAGCACUACUAUGAAGAUGAAGAUCCCCGUGAUCGCUACCGCGACAGCCGUUCUUACCGCGAACGCCGCUCCCCUGCUCCAUCUGGCUUGCUUGUUCGCAAUCUACCUCUUGACGCCAGGCCUGAAGACCUUAGGGUUCCUUUUGAGAAAUAUGGACCUGUGAAGGAUGUAUAUCUACCAAAGAAUUACUACACUGGGGAGCCACGGGGCUUUGGAUUUGUGAAGUACCGUUAUGCUGAAGAUGCAGCAGAAGCAAAGCAACGUAUGAAUCAUAAAAUUAUUGGUGGACGUGAGAUAAGAAUUGUUUUUGCUGAGGAGAACAGGAAAACUCCUCAAGAAAUGCGUACAAGUGCCCGUAUUAGUGGUCGAUAUGGAGGUAGCUAUAGAGGGAGAACACCACCAAGGUCUCCAAGACGCCGGCAUCAUUCUUACUCACAUUCACCUUCUCCAGCAAGGCAUGACUCAAGGGAUCUUGGUGCAAGGAACUAUAAUCUCUCUCCAGGGAGAUCCAGGUCAAUUUCACAUUCUCGUUCUCCACGAGAUGAGAUGGACUAUAGGUUGAACCAGAGGUUUUCAAGCCCAAGGCAGAAUGUUCGGAGCCCUCGUGAUGAAGGAGACUAUGCAUCUGCCAGGUCAAGGAGUCCAAGGGGUAAUAGUCGCAGUCAAUCGAGGUCACCUUUGCGGUCGAAUGGUUCUCGCUGAUGGCUGUUGCAAGUGAUGUGGCUAUCUUGCGCUGCUCUUGGGGUUUGCAUCAGAAAAUGUAAAAUUGAGCUAGAUGUAUUGUCGAUUUGGACCUCACUCGUGGAUUGCCCUAUUUUGUUUUGUUGUCUCUCUUUAUCAGUCAUAUGUCAUGAUCUUAGCUGCUUCUGUGUUGCUGACUCUGUCGUUGGAUUGGUGAUGCGGGAAUUUGCAAUAUCUAUGGUUCAAUUGCUUUGUGCUUGCCA